AUGCUGAUUCUUCAGCUGCUUUUGAAGGUCCUCUUAACUCAGGCAGCACAGCCUGACUGCACACCACUGGGCCACAGGGUGCUGCCUGAACUGGAGAAAGAUGGAGACUUAAUAAUUGGAGGUAUAUUUUCUUUCCGCACUGGACAAGAUGGCUAUCCCGAUUCCUUUACAAAAAUGCCACAAAUACGCCCUUGCAAAGAUUUCAGUUUUAGGGAAUUCAAGUUUGCUCACACAUUAAUGUUUGCAAUAGAUGAGAUAAAUAGAGAUACAUAUAUUCUGCCUGGAAUUAAAAUGGGAUACAGAAUUUUCAAUGACUGUGGAUCCAGCAACAUACUAGGAGCUGCAAUGACAUUAGUAAAUGGUCUAGAGCAGUCAGAAACAGGAGCAAACUGCUUUAAAUCUCAAACCGUGAAAGCCAUCAUUGGACAUUCUGGAUCAACACCAACCAUGAGCUUUGCAAAAAUAGUUGGACAAUUUCAUAUACCUGUGAUCAGUCAUUUUGCUACAUGUGCUUGCUUGAGCAACAGAAAGGAAUAUCCCACCUUUUUCAGAACUAUUCCCAAUGAUUACUAUCAAAGCCGCGCACUGGCCCAGCUGGUCAGACAUUUUGGCUGGACAUGGGUGGGGGCGUUAAGCAAUAAAAAUGAUUAUGGUAUAGAUGGAAUAACCACUUUUAUUAAGGCUGCUAAUGAGGAAGGAGUUUGCAUUGAAUACUUUGAAGCCAUUGAAAGUACAAGUCAAUACAAUGAAAUACUAAGAAUUGUGAGCAUCAUAAGAAGCUCUACAUCUAAGGUAAUAAUGGCCUUCAUGUCACACAGAGAGAUCAAAUUAUUAGUGGAUGAGCUCUACAAGCAGAACAUCACAGGACUGCAGUGGAUUGGAAGUGAUGCCUGGAUCACAGAUGACUCUCUAGCAGAUAUCUAUGGUCACACUUUACUUACUGGCUCUAUUGGAUUUGCUGUACGCAAUGCGCAAAUACCUGGACUGGGCCCUUUUCUACAGAAAGUUAAUCCCUCUCAAUUUCCAAGCAGCAUAUUUGUAAAAGAUUUUUGGGAGCAUGUCUUUGACUGUUCAUUUAAUCCAAGUGAACUAAGAAAAAGGUGUAAUGGAUCUGAAAACUUGAGAGAUGUGCAGAACUCUUUCACAGAUUUGACUGACUUAAGGUUCUCAAACAAUAUAUAUAAAGCUGUUUAUGCGGUAGCUCAUGCAAUUAAUAAUCUUCUUUUAUGUGAGGAAAACCAAAGCUCCAGUCCUAAUGUAUGUCUGAAACUUACAGAAAUAAAGCCUUGGCAGCUUUUAAACUCCUUGCAAAGUGUAAAUUUCACUACACCUGGAGGAGAAAGUGUCUUCUUUGAUAGCAACGGGGAUUCACCAGCAAGAUAUGAGCUGAUAAAUCUUCAAAGUGUUAACAGAGGCAAAAUAGAUGUGGAAACUAUUGGCUACUAUGAUGCCUCUUUGCCUAAAGAUCAACGGUUCUCCAUGAAUAAUGUUAAGGUAGUCUGGAGAGACGGGGGAGAUCAGGUGCCUGUAUCUGUGUGCAGUAUGAGCUGUCCCUCAGGCACCAGGAAAGCAAUGCAGAAAGGAAGACCUGUCUGUUGCUAUGACUGUAUACUGUGCCCACCAGGAGAGAUUAGUAACAAAACCGAUUCAGUUGAUUGCCUCAAAUGCCCUGUGACACAGUGGUCAAAUACGAGGGGAGAUGCCUGUAUCCCAAAAGAAAUUGAAUUCUUGUCAUAUGAUGAAAUGAUGGGGAUACUUUUGGGAUUGUUUUCUUUAAUUGGGGCAUUUUUUACAAUAGUAGUCACGCUUAUUUUCUAUAUUUACAGAAGCACACCUAUAGUAAGAGCUAACAAUUCAGAGCUGAGCUUCCUGCUGCUCUUUUCACUCACUAUGUGUUUCCUAUGUUCACUUACUUUCAUUGGUCGCCCCACUGAGUGGUCUUGUAUGUUGCGUCACACAGCAUUUGGAAUCACUUUUGUCCUAUGUAUCUCAUGUGUUCUGGGGAAAACAAUAGUGGUGUUAAUGGCUUUCAAAGCAACACUUCCAGGAAGCAAUGUCAUGAAAUGGUUUGGUCCUCUUCAACAAAGACUCAGUGUUGUUAGCUUUACUCUUAUACAGGUCCUUAUAUGUGCAUUUUGGUUAAUAUUAUCACCACCAUUUCCAAAUAUGAACAUGAAGCAUUACCAAGAAAAAGUUAUUUUAGAAUGCAAUUUAGGUUCAGCUACUGGUUUCUGUGCUGUAUUGGGUUAUAUUGGUCUCCUGGCUGUCCUUUGCUUUGUUUUGGCUUUUCUCGGAAGGAAACUGCCUGACAAUUUCAACGAGGCUAAAUUCAUCACAUUCAGUAUGCUCAUAUUUUGUGCUGUAUGGAUCACAUUUAUCCCAGCUUAUAUCAGUUCUCCUGGAAAAUUUAUCGUAGCUGUGGAAAUAUUUGCUAUUUUGGUGUCAUCCUUUGGAUUACUUUUCUGUAUUUUCUUGCCAAAGUGCUAUGUAAUUUUACUGAGACCAGAAAUGAACACUAAAAAGCAUGUCAUGGCAAAGAUAAAUAGUCAUUAA